UUGUUUCAAUGUGAAUGUUUUCCGCAAAACAGGCGCUGGGGUUUGACAGUAAACUACGUAUUACUGCUUACACACAAUAGUUGGGUAACAGUACUGACAGGAUAUACUUCAACUUUAUCCGGCAAAACAAAGGAUCUGCUAGGGCAUGAAAUAAACACCAGGACUAUUGAGAGAACAACGAUUACUGCAAUAUUUAAAAGGUAUGCCAGCUAGGCCAGCGAGGAGCUUCUCGGUUUGAAUGCGACCAAACAGCAGCUGGAUUAUGUCCACAGCAGGCCUGCGUGCACGGGAGAUCCCAGAGGCCCUGAAGAGUGCCUUCUCACACGGCCUCACCAUGGCCACCACAAAGCCUUUCUGGGAGCAGCAUCAUGACCUCAACAACUUGUAUUUUAGCCUUGAUGCACCAACCAUGGAUUACAACCUGAAAGCACAGCAGCAAGUCCCUGUCUCUGCAGGCUUUGAGAGACAAGUGUCUCAACCACAUUCCAUGCACAGCCCUGGCGCUCAGCGUUUGCCUCCCAAGAAAUCGCGGCCGUCCCAGCUCAUACUGUCCGCCUGCACAGAGUCCUGCAUGCCCGGCUCCCCCGAAGGUGACCAGGUGGUCCCUUCCUUCCAGAGACUGUCGGUGUACGAGCGCACCCCGCCGCAGACCCCCAGCCGGAGCACCAAGCCCCUACCUCCCCUCCCCGGAUCCGCGGACCUGUCUUCGGACGAGGCGGUGGACAACGAGGUGGAGUUCUUCACCACCAGCGCGGACGAGAGCCAGCGCCUGGUCCGCGAGCCCUGCCCCAAACCGCUGGCCUUCCGCUACGGGACCCCCAGUAGGCGCAGUUUCAGGGGCUGCGGUCAGAUUAACUAUGCCUACUUCGAGGGUCCGAUUGUCCGGGAACAGCAGCCGCAGCAGCAGCCGCAGCAGCCGCAGCAGCCCCCGCUGGAGCACAGCGAGGUGCAGCAGACACCACACAGGGGGGGACAACAGAAGGAGCCCACCCCCAGAGACUGCCCUAGGCAGCUGGACCGCCCCCAGCGGAAGCUGCGACGCUCCCACUCCGGCCCCGCCGGCUCCUUCAACAAGCCCUCCGUCCUUCGACUGUCCUGCCACCACCACGGCGCCCACUCCCAGGACAAACCGGAGGUCCCUCCCCGCGUACCCAUCCCGCCGCGCCCCCUCAAGGCUGCGGACUACCGCCGCUGGUCCGCCGAAGUGACGUCGGGGGGCUACAGCGACGAGGACAGGCCCCCCAAGGUUCCCCCCAGGGAGCCCCUGUCCUGCGGUGGCAGCAGCUCAUGCACCCCCAGUCCCAAGAGCCUCCCCUUGAUGCCGCCCACACAGAGCUUCGCCCCCAACCCAAAGUACGUCAGCAGGGGCCUGCAGAGGCAGAACAGCGAGGGCUCGCCCACCACCCGCACGCCAUGCAUCCUGCCCAUAAUCGAGAACGGGAAAAAGGCCAGCACCACCCACUACUUCCUGCUGCCCCAGCGCCCUGUCUACCUGGACAAGUUCGAGAGGUAUUUCCGGGAGGCGGACUGUGAAUCGGGAGAUAGCUGCCCCCCCAGUACAGACUGGGACUGCCAGACAAAACACAAACCCCAUGUACAUCUGGUGUAGAUGUCAGAAAACGACAACAGAAAAACUAAGAACAAAACGGGCAGCGUCUGUGAAUGCUGAAGGUGUGCUGCCGGUUUACUGAUGUCUCUUAAGGACGUGACCCAUGAACAACACUGCUGCUCUAUCUGUGUUUCCAUGAACAGUCUCAUAAGUGGAAACCUUCCCUAUGGCAUUGGACCAUGUGUAUGAAACCAGACGCAUCAAUGUUCCUAAAGUUCCCUUAACAAAUUUUUACCCUAGUGGCGCACAAAUUGUAGCUGUGUGCUCUUUAUUAUUAUAAUAAUUAUUAUUCUUAGUAUUAUUAUUAUUAUUAUUAUUUGUUUUAGGCAAAAUGCAGUGAUGACACAGAUGUAGCGACACUUUUACAAUAUCUAAGUUUAGUCACUCAGUGGAUGUUAUCUCAGCAGAGCGGAGUGGAUAAAAUCAGAAUGAUUAUUUUUGAUAUUAUUUUAUUAACAUAGAAACUAUUAGUGUCGUGGUGUAGUCUUGAUAUAAGCUGGACUUGUACCUCAUUUUCCAUUUUGUUUUGGAUACUGAAUGCUGUAUGGAUAGUGUUCACUAAGGUGCUUAGUUACUCGUGAAUUGUGCUUCUGCAGUCAUUACUUGUGAGACAAAGGACAUAGGGUCAGUAAAUGCAUCCUGUUAACACAGCUGGGGGGUAAAAGCAAACAUAUUCAAGAAUUCUAAUGAAGGAUAAUCCCUUAAUCCCUGCCUUCAGUAAUCUUUUUUUUCCGUGUUGAUGUACAUUAAGAAAUGAAGUGGACCUGCACUUUGGGUUCCGUUGGUAUGAAGUUAUUUGCUCGCUUCGCACAGAUGCACCAGGGGAGUCAUUCUACGUUUGCUUCAGAGAAAAGCGGGGUACAUGUUUUUCUUUAGAAUGUUGCAUUGUGCUGUAUUGUGGACUUUUUCAUGUUUGUUUUAGGAAGGGUGUGUGUGUGUGUGUGUGCGCGUGCUUGACUCAUUUGUCAGCAUUGCUUCCAUGAAAUGCAAAAGCUCAAUUUCCAAAAUAUGCAAGAGCAGGACUCCCCUGUCAUCCCAUUAAAGAAUAUGAAGGAUUUAUUUUCACUGAGUGCGUUGGCAGAUGUGUUUUAUGCAGAAAAGUGUCCUCAACUUGAAUGUAUGCCUUAUUUUAUAGCUGUUGUGAAAUGGACUCUUAAGCUGUGAUUUUUGGCCCUGGAAUCCACUUCUUCCAGUAUUACCCCCUCUGUUGUACAAUUUCCAUAAUUAUUAAUAAUUUAAACUGUUUGUUUUGCUUACUUUUAAAAAUAUAAUCUUGAGAUGAAAUUAAAUUAAAUUUAAAUCCUUUAAACGUACCCUCUAAUCAUAAUUUCGUAAUCUUGCUCUAAUCAUAAUUUCGUAAUCUUGUUUUAAUACUGAUUUGUAUUUAGUCUUUCCUCUUUCCUCUGCUCUAGCUAUGGCUAUCACCAGAGCUCUAAAAGAAAAAAAAAAAUUGGUGACACUGAACUUAAGAGAGCUGUCUGUUGGCAGCCUUUCCUCUUCUGUGCUUCCAUUCCAAUCUGAUGGUGAUUGUAGUGGGCGUAGUCACACAUUGUAGUUACUGGUAGCAAAUAAGAAAAAAAAAACUGAACAUUUUAAUGACCAUUAUGGCAAUAUGAUGAAUGUAGAAGGUGUGCUGUUGAAACCCUGGGUCUAAAUUGGAAGAACAGACCAUAACUGCCGAUCGGUUUUGGCUUGUGGGAUAGUUUAGCCAGAGUAAGGCCAGCCUCCAAGCAAGAAGUCAGUGCUGUAUUGAUGGCAAAAGAUUCAAGGAGCGUUCAGUGGUUUCUGCUGUGCACACUGACAAUUGUGAGCAUGUCAGUUGCAAUCAAUGUGACUGCCACCCACACAAGCACAUUUUUUGUGGGAUGUCAAUAGGAGAGGGGAUGGGGCAAAAACAUGUUCUCUAACAUUCACCAUCUUGGCUGCUAAAGGUAUACCUGUGUCUGCUUGUAUCUGACGUGGUUUCUAAGCUGGUUUUAAGGGUUCUGUGUUCUUUGCUCUGAGAGAACCACAGUAUGCUUGUCAUCAUUUUUUAUUUGGAAGUUGUGUUUGCAUCACUACUUUUAAAGGAGGAACAGCUGGACUGUAAUCUUCUUUUAAUAUGUUGGAACACACCUUUUCAAGGCAAGUUAACCUGCAAUACACUGGCCUGACCUAGUCUAUGAAGUAUAGAUGCUUCCUCAAACCUCUCAAAAAGGGUUAUCUGGGAAAAUUGUAAUUUAUGCUUUCGCAUUUUUAAAUGUUCCAGUACUCAAAAUGUAGCUCCAUUUAUAAUUUUAUGAGACAACAUAUUUGCAAUGCACACAAGUUUGAGGUCAUCUAAAUACACUGUAUAUUAAUACAGAGACAGAUCAUGCUCACAGCAUGUACGAACACAAUUUUGUGAUUUCUUUUUUAUGUUAAAGAAACGUGUUUACAUUAUUAGACUGCUAUGUGGUAUUGUGAAUGAUUUUAUAACAUGUUUAAGUCUUAUAAACAAACAAACAAAAACAAUGAAGGCAUGUUCAUCAAGCUAAAUAGAUAUUCUGUGCUGUGUUAGAAGCAAAUGCACUGAGAUUACAGUAUGUUGUAAUGUGUACAGUAUUUGACAAUUCCCCUGGCUGUGUUUAAAAAAUGAUAUACAUAAUACUCUAUAAAAGGGAAAAAUAAAACAACUUAUUUAUGGAAUCUUU